CAUGAUCUGUAUUAAUCGCUGAAUCCUUUUUUGUCUCUACCGUUGACAUCAGAACUAAUUUAUACUCUGGUAAGUACACUCUCAAAGAGACUAAACCCUGAAAGGUAUUAUCACUGUGCACCUUCUUCAGGAGGGAUCACUAUGUCACUCAGUAAGUUUUAGAAAUUAUGUGCUAUUUGUACAGUGUUCUGUGUUUAGUUUUAGUAAAGUCCUAAACACAAAGCUUUUAUGGAUGGAAGUAGAAUUAAACAUUACAAUUCAAGUUUUGUAAAGGCUUACAAAUGGACAAGAUGUUAACGGAAACAAAUUAACUUGAAAGCACAAAUCCACAUAUUCAUAUUUGAAUUAGUGUUUGAGUUAGAAGGCUACUCAAAGAAUUGCAAAAACUAAUUUAAAUUUUUUUGGAAUCUUUGACAAAAUUAUGCAAGCUAACAAUAUUAGCACAUACAGAGUUUAACCCCUCUGCCGCCGGAGGCCUAAGGCCACUUCUGGCAGAGUCAUUUGGGGUUUCGUUAGCUAUCCCAGAACAAGCGUUCCGGGCUGACUAAUAUCAAUUCUGUGCAUAUUGGACGUCUGUCGUCAGCAUGCACAGCAUACUGUUGAGAGGCGUCCAGUGUCUGCAUGGCUCACCCUCAAUGUUACCCAUGUUCUCCACCCAGCCCGACCUCCUCCUACAUCCCUCCCCGGCACCUGAUGUCAGCAAGGAGCAAAAGGCUUAGCGGAGAACUUGGCCUUGGCACUGGAAAAGACAUAAGCUUUUUAGUUUGGUCUUAAUUAAUAUCACGCAGAGGCUCAUUAAAUAGCAAAUACAACUCUGAUCAACCAUGAUAUCAUAAUUCAGUUGGAGUGCUACUGAAACCCAGCUUAAGGCAGGUAACUAAUGUAUAAUGAGUACACUGAUUCCAAUAGCUUUUGUCUCAUUGCCAAUGGAAGCGCUUGGGGCAGCGCCCCUUCAGUUUUUAUAUUAAAAUAUAUUGGUAGUAGGACUGCUAAGAUUUUUUUGUCCUGGGGAGAAGUUAAGCUAAAUAAUAUGUGUGUCAUGGUGUACGCCCAACGUGAAUAUCGGAGGCGUGUCUCUCUGAGCUUGGUAUACUGUCAGCACCGCCUUCAUCUUUCGGCCAUGUGAAUGCUCCUUCUUUUGGCUCUCCGUCCAACACUGGCCACUGAAGAUGGGAUCAUUUUAAAGGAUCCGUCUCUUCAGACCAGGUUGAUGCCGCAGACGUGCGUGCAUCAUCAUGCAAACGAUGCACAAGCAUGCCAUGACCUCAUAAGUGUAAUUAGCCAAUCCCUGCACACAUAAAGCUUCCAUUUCUAUUUUAUGGUUAUCAGAUAUCAUGUUUAUCUUUUUUAUAUCAUCGGAUUUCUGACCUCAUUCUGUGUCCCUUGUCUUAUACUAUCCUAUAGAGCAGGGGUGGGCAAUCUGCGGCCCUCCAGAUGUUUUGGACUACAUCUCCCAUAAUGCUCUUAGGACCAAAGUGCUAGAAAAGCAUCAAGGGAGAUGUAGUCCCAAACAUCUUGAGGGCUGCAGAUUGCCCAUUCCUGCUAUAGAGCAUUAAGUCCGGCCGCUCUUAGGCACAGUAAUAUGCAUCAUUAUUCGGGUCUAGUUUAGUUUAACUAUUUACUUAAGUACUGCCUGUUGAGUUUUAGUACAUCCUGAGUAUGUGUUCAAAUUUAAAUUAACAUACUAACAUUGCAGCACUGGGGCUGUGACUCUGAGGACUGAGCUGAUUUAGUUUAUUGCUUCCGUUAACCAUACCAGUUUUUUCAUAGCUCCAUAACACUACUGAAGAUUGAUCAUAUUGCCAACUACAAUGAUUAUAAGGAGUCUAUCAGUAUCCGACUGGAUUAACCCUGAGCAUGCUAUGUGUUUGAGUAGGCUAUGCACAGAUAUCUCACAAAUUAAGAAACUUCUUACCUCUGAUUAUUUCAGUUGACCUCUGAUCAAUCUGUAGUGAAACUAAUGCGAUAGAAUGUUACUGCUAUUAGUGUCGAGCAAGCUCACUGCACACAGUGCUCACAUGGUUAAGGCAGCAGGAUACUUAUAGACUCCUUAUUGUCCUUGUAGAUGUUAAUAUGAUCAAUCUGCAGUAGGAACAGUGACUCAGAAGAAGCAGACACAUUUCAUAGUAGCAGCAGUAACAUUUACUAGGAAGUUAAAGUUGUCAUAGUGAGAGCAUUAUUAAAGAUAAGAUCAGAAAAGGCAGAGCUAGAGACUUAGAAAGGGUUAAAGAGCUAGAGUUAGAGAGAGAUGGAGUAUUAUACAGAGGCAUUAUACUGUGUGGUGUGAUUGACGUCCUCUGUAUUGUACAGCGCUCUGUGUAGUUUAUGGGUAUCUAUGUGUUGUGCCAAGCUCUGUGUAUUGUACGAAUAUCUCUUUAUUAUUGUUUUAGUAUUUCCUUAUAGUACUGUGCUCUUUUUAUUGUAUCAGUAUCUCUGUAUUGUACGUGGCUCUGUGUAUUGUAUAUGUAUCUCUAUAUUCAGUUAUGUGUACUAUGUAGGUAUCUCUGUAUUGUACCUGGCUUUGAGAAUUGUAUUAAUAUCAAUAUAUUAUACUAGAUAUGUAUAUUGUAUGGGGACUACCAUGAGGGAUCUGGUACAUGAGGUCAAGAAGACAAAUCCAACACACCAGACAAUUAUUUUUUAUUUAUUUAUUUUUUUAAAUAUUUUACCAGGAAGCAAAUAUUGAAAUUUCUCUUGUUUUCAAGUAUGUCCUGGGAAGAUGGUGGCAGAGUCAAAUUCUGGGGAGGAGUCCCAUGCCCCACCGUCUUAAAACGUCACCUGCCACCACUGCUCAUUCCUAUGAUCCCUGUUUUAGUAGCCCUCCAACUGAUAUAUUAAAAUAUGUUAUUUUGUUAUUCUUUUUUUUCUAUUUAUAACUGAUAGGAGAUGAAUUCUAUUGAAUGAAUUCCCAUGUUUGGAAUGUAAAUUGGAUGAAGGUUAUAGUCUCUUGAUAUUGUUAGCUCAUAUAAGAAUUUACUCAUUGUGCUAUUUAUUUAUUUUUUUAUAUUAUGUUAAGGGAAUUUUGAAAUGUUGUUAAAUGUAUGUAUCAUAAGAUAUAUAUACUUGUAUAUAUAAAACAGAAAAUCGGAAUUAUAUGUUGUUUAGUAGCCAGACAGUAUUCUGUGUUAAUGCUGUAACAAACCACCUCUUUUACAGGUAGGAUUGUCACAGAUCUUGCAGUAACCACAGCCUUCUAGGGUAAUCAAAGUCCAGGACACAUUCAGCUCGGUGCUUUAAAUAAUAAUAAGCAAAACAAAAUUCCUUGCUCUUACUUGAGCUCUUACUAGACAGAAAUCACUAUCUGUAAUUGGGUGGCUUUCCAAAAAAAAAAAUGAAAUGGAAUUGCAAUAAACACAAUUGUUAUUCUCUCCCCUAGCUGGCUUUUUCUCCCUCCCCUGCAGCAGGCUGAUCUCUUCUUUUAAAGGCCUGUCUGCUAAUUGACCAGCUACAGGUGAGUGCCAAUUAGUUGACUCUUAAGCUAAAUCAAAAUUGUGGUCUGUUACACAGCAACUAGUGCUGUUGGAGCAUUGGCCCACCCUGCUCUCCAAAUGCUCCGCCUCAGGGACCCAUAUCGUGUUUUGCAGAGCAUCAGCAAUAUAUAUUGCAAACUUUAACAUCUCUCCCUGGGGCAUUUAACUGAAAAUUCUCUGACUGCUGUUUAGCAAAUCAGGCCUGAUAUAUCUUCCAUCAACCACUAUUCCACUUUUUCGCUCACAAUGCAUUAAGAGAUAGAUUGACAAUUGUCUCUUUGAAGUAUGAAUUAUUAUUUUCUGCACUUUAGAUUUUAUAUGUCCAUUUUCUCGUGAUCCACAUCUGAUCCUGUUUUGUGUUAGUUCUUAUUUUUCACUCAAUUAACACAAGCAGAUCUUGUGAUGUAUAAAAACUCAUACAUGAACUUGUUUGAAAACAUACAUUUCUAGUUUCAUGUGACGAAAAAACAAUGUUCCUUUUCAUAAUACAAGAGAUUGCCUUGUUUGUUUUUUUUGGUACUUUUUUAACUUUAAGUUGGCAAUUAUUCAACAAUGUUUUGUCUUAACCCAUGCUAACUAGGGAUUUGCUAAGCUCUAAAAAAAAAUGUUCCUCUCUCGUAUACUUCUUUUGAUUAUCCUAAUUAUUCUUUUAGUAUGUAACCUCUCGAGCAGGACACUUACAAAUUGGUCUAGAAAACUUUGAUGCCACCACUUUACUGCUGCCAUUGUGGAAUGGCCAUAAUUAAAGGACGUUAGAAGGAAAGCAAUAUUUAUCCCAGUCACUAAUCUCUAUAAUGCCACCAUGCCACUUGAAUUUAUUUUCAUUUAGCACUGAAGCAGUCUGCAGUCUCCAUUCCCCUGAAUUCUAAAGAUGCUGAGAUCCAGGUGUCAUAAGGCAUGACUGACACAUGAAGCCAAGAACUAUAAAGACACACUUCUCACUAGUCCUUUGAAUUAUGUUGGGUUUAGUCUUCAGUUCACGGCUUGGUCCUGUAUUAUUCAUCAUUGCUGUGUUCCAGUUAGCUUGUUCUAAGUUCCAGGACAUCAGUCCUAGACUGUCUUUAAGUGUCAGUUCUUCUACAGUUCCUGGUUCUUAAGGUUAUGCUCCAAGCAGCAAUUAAUAAUCAUACCAGCAUAACGAUCUCUAAAAGCACAAUUGGUCAUGGUGGUUGGAGGAACUCUUUAUAUUAAAUACAAAGUGAAUACAUGCCAGAAUGCAUUUUAACAGUUCUGGCCACUUGGCUCGCCAGUCUUGCAUUUUAAUUAAUAGCAUUCUAAAAGGGACAUCGUAUCUUCAAGGAGAACUAUUAUCACCAACAGACAUUUCUCUCUUGGCAGUAGCUGGACAUGUGUUAGCUGUAAUUAUAAUUUUGAUUGUGGAAUUGGGGAUUAGGCAUCCUCCAGCAGCUACGGCAGGAUUAUUGUUGGUAAAUAUCCACCAGGGGCGUCUCUGGUGCAUUUAGAGAAAUGGUUAUCUCAGGCACAGGACUGGCAUACUAGGACGUGGCUCUACUGGCUGGAGUAUCUUUCCCCCAGUGCCAUAACUCAUGAGCGAAAGAUCUAGGUGGGUUUAACACUUGUGAUUAAGUUUUUGUUGGAUUUUGGCAAAUCGCUGCGCAAGAGGGUUUACUCGGGCCUUGUUCUUACCUGUACAUUAGUAUGAUGUGUGUAAAUGCAUUUAUGUAUAUAAGCACCCCCCCACACUUUUAUUUAUCUUUUACAUCUCCGUUCAUUUAUCUCUUUCUUCUUUAAAUUAUCCCUUUUCUUUGGUGGAUAUCUGAAAAGAAAACCCAAUGGUUACAUUAGAAGAGUCCCUCAGGCCACACCUGGCUAAGGUGCUCGGAUGAUGAUAAAUGAGACUAUAUACCCUUUAACCUCAUAUCAAGAUUUUUACCUUGAUAAGACAUCCCUUAAUUUAGCACGCUUUUUUUUUUUUUGAUACGCUUUUAAGUUAUCUUUUCUUAUUGCUCAAUGAAUUAUAGAGUCACUAUUGUUUGAAACUUUGUCCUGUUCACAUAAGCAAAAUGUCCUGCAGAAUGUUGGAAAUGCUUAAAACAGUAAUCAAUUUUUCGUUACCUCUUUAUUCUGUCCCCCAAUAUAUUUUAAUAAAACUCAUAUUAAACACUUAAAAACUUAGAUUAAUCAGAGAAAUGACAAUGAUAAAUCAUCCUUAAAUUAUUUUCAGGGGAACCCAAAUCAAUUCAAGCGCUUGGAGAAGCAAUAAGGCACACGACACGUGGUGAUAGUUGUGAAUCCAGAAGAAUUGCUUCUAGCUUUAAUUGGGGGAGCUUUAUACAGUAGAGCAGGGGUUCUCAACCCAGUCCUCGAAGACCCCCGAAUGGUCCAGGAUUUAGGGAUUACCCUGCUGUGUCUAAUGUGUUUUUUUUGGGGGGGGAACAAACACUUUAGACACAACAGGGUAAUCCCUAAAUCCUGGACUGGUAGGGGGUCCUUGAGGACUGGGUUGAGAACCACUGCAGUAGAGGAUACAUGCUUGCGUUGAAGAAAAGGAAUGUAAGAAGAGACAUAUUUCUAACUUUCAAAAGACAAGCAGUUUACAGAAGUACUUCGAUGGGAGCUAGUUUUUAUAAGAAAGAGAACUUAAUGUAGGACAAAGUUCAUUUAAGCAUAAAGCAUUACAUGAGUCCAACUUAGCCAAUUUUAAUAUAGCCUAGCCAAUUAUGGCACAUACAAGUUCGAGCCUUGGAAUCAAGGUGCAUUCCUUCACAAUUAUCAUGCUCUUUCUACUUUCCUUAAAAUAUAUAGACAUAACUCCACCAAGAGCUGUCAUUGUCAAUAAUGCCCACUUGAUUUGCUUCUUUAACACAAACUAAAACAAUUCACAUUUUUCUCCCAGAAUUCCUUGAAGUCCAAUGAGGUGAAGAGAUUGUGACAUAUUGACAAAUUCUUAGACAUGUUUUACUCAACCACACUGUACAUGGUAAUGAAGUUGAGGGGAAGGAUUAUUAAAUUCUUUACAAUUAUUUUUCUUAUUUAAAUUCCACACCACCGUUUUCUCAUUUGCACCUUAAAUUCCCUUCCAUCCAUUAUAUUAUUCACCCCCUUAUAUCUCACACCGUCUCUUUUCUUACUUCCCUUUUUUUUCUCUGUUAUUAACUCUGCCCAUAUUUCUUGUUCUGUGCCCUUUUAACCUAUCAGGUUCCUUUACAGCUUUUUCUCUCCUCUCCUCCCCCCUCCCUUCGCUUCGCUCUCUCCUCCUUAUCACCUCUCAGAGCUCUUAAUAGGUCUUUGAGACUCAAAGGCUCUGUAUAGUAAUUUAUUAAGGCACUGUCUUCCGGGCUUCCUAUUCAGAAUCACUGGUAUUGAAAAAGGUAAUCUAAGAUAUUGUUUAUUUGUGAUGUUUAAUAACAGAGAAAUUCAAAGGGCACAGACUGGCGAGAGGCAAUGUUUUGAAAACUUGAAUAGUUCUAUUCUCAUUUUAUUGGGAUACAUAGUGGGAUAUGAAUGUUCUCCGGCAUUCCUAAAUAUUGUCUCUCUGUAUGUUCAUCUCUUUUUCUAUUGAGUUGAUUGAUCUGCGGGACAAGUGCAAUAAGUUAUUUAUGUCAACUAAUAACUGAUCAAUUUACCCACAAGGCUAUAUGUUUCCAGCAUACUCACUUAUUGUGAAUUAGUGGAUUUUGAUGGCUUUGAGUGUGCAAGUUAGUUACUAUUCCGAGUGUUCUGGGCUAUUAGUAUGAUUGACAGUUCCUGCUAGUUAGGCAAUCCACAUACCAUUUUACCAUUUCAGUACUAAUAAAAUCAGGAGAUAAAUUAGGUGCGCGCGCACAUACCCGGAGGUCCACUCGGUGUUGGUGGAGGUGGGUGUAGAACACCUGGGUGACUUAUUCUAUUAAUUAUUUAGGUAUAUAUUGCUUGUAUGUGUACAAAUUAUUUGUUGUCCUGUUAAUGACCCUGAAGAAAGUCCCGAACGGGGACUGAAACGUUGGUUGUUAUUUUUAACUCUAUAAAAAAAAUGUUUGUUUUUUAAAAAGACCGGUGAGCAGCCAUUCCAUUCGGAUGUUAUAUAUAUAUAUAUAUAUAUAUAUAUAUAUUUAAUGCUCACUUAAUUUGAGUGUCUGUUUUGUGAACUCGCCCCAACACAUGAUAAGAUGAUACAGUGAGGGUUUUGUUAUUAUGUAAUUAUGUAAAUAAUUUAUCCUAUCUCAGGAUGGGGCCAUGCUGGGAUAGUGUGUCUUUCGGGAGUUCGGAGGGUUGUCACUCAAUUAAAUAGGAACUUCAAAGGGAACAAAAUGUGCAGAUUAUAGGGAGUGGGCAUUAGAGAGAUUAUGGCUCAGUACGUAAACUUUGAAUUUUUCUUUUUAACAUUAUCUCUUACAUAUAUUGAGCAAGAUUGUAAUUGUUUAUUCCUGAUAAUGUUUAGUUCUUGGAACUAAUGGUAACAUUUUAAGCACCAUGUGUCCAACAUGUAUUAUGUAGAAUUAAGACUACAACAAUGUUAAACUCACUGUAAUUUUUUAGAACGUGGGUUAAGAUUUUUUUGGUUAAUUUGAAAGAUAACUUUUACCUAUCAAACAAUACAGGGGUUGGAGAAAGAAAGACAAUAGCCUUUAGUAGAUUUCUUGAAAACAGGUAGGAUAGAGUAUAUUAUAAUACUUUUAUAAACAAUGAAAGUGCACACUGUUACAUAAUAUGAAAGCAAUGUCAUAGAGUGCCACUAGAGGGCACCAUACAGAAAGAAGACAAAAUACAGGAGUCAGGGACACAACAACUUUAAAGAUAUUUUCUAUGGUUAGCUCUGAAAGGCUGGAUCUCUGGCAUGCGCAUACAAUAUGUAUUGAAAAAAAACAGAGCUAUUUUAAUUAAUCACUACAAUUAAACAAUUUAGAUAUUCUUCACCAAAUAUAUUUUAUUCAGGUUAAGAUUUCAUUUCAGGAGAUGUAAAUGGAUGUGUGGCAAUGGGGAGAGGAUAUCUCAGAGCAUUUCAGGUGAUAUUAUGUCCUACUGCUAACCAGUUAGACAUCACCAUGAAUUCUUGAGUUCAUAGAAUAAAGUAACAAACAGUUUCCCUUUGUUUAAAAAAAAAUGAGUUUUGUCAAUUUGUCAAUCCAUUGUUGAAUGAAGUUAGGCAGAAAUCAUCAUAGAGUGGUAUGAUAGAGUAGUGUUAGGGGAAAUAGACUUAAACCAGACAAUAAAGUUAUUUUAUAUUUAUCUUUUUAUUUUAAACCAUGAGCUGUCAAUGAAUGAGGAUUGCAAGGUUUUAAUGGAUUACAGGCAAAUCAAGCAAUUCCUAAACUAACAAUCUCUGGCUUCCUGAUAUACCCUUUAACCCCUUAAGGACACGACAUAUGUGACAUGUCAUGAUUCCAUUUUAUUCCAGAGGUUUGGUCCUUAAGGGGUUAAACAAUAACCUAAGUGUCACAAGAUUGCCACGAUCACAUUUUAGACAAGCAGCUAGGUAUUUCAGUGUCAUAAGUUGCACUUGCCAGGAUCAGAACUUGGAUGCAGAGGUCCAGGUAUGACAUUCGUUUAAUUAACAAAAUAAUGUAUCUUGUUAAACUAUUUAGUACAUUGUUUAAAAUCACUGACUAUGAGAUGUACUUAAUCAUAUGGUCCACUACAUUGUUUGAAUUCACUGAUGAUGAAGGACUUGCAAACACCUUUAUUUGGAUCUUUUGAAACAUAUUACAACACAUGUUCCAUGUCAAGCCUCGCAUUAACUCAUAAAGACAUCACAAGAUGAUACAUAUUUAUUAUGUUAAUGGAAGUGAAUAAAACUAAAUGAUUUCUAAUAAUAUACAUGAAGUAGCAUUAUAUGCUACUUAUGAUUUGGGAAAUACAAUGCAAAAUUAGAAAGCGCAUAUCCUAGCAUUUUGCUCGAAAUUUGUUUGACAACUAUAAUUCCUAUAGAAUGUUAUUUUUCUACGAUUGAUCGGUGAUGUAGGCCCCAUUUUUUAUGUAAUGGAACCUUACACUUCUCAAUGCACAUUUUCAUUUCAUCACAUAAUAAUCAGUUUGCAUUCAGGACAGGAUCCUAAUAUAGCAUUGGCUGUGCCCUUUUAUCUCGACAGGUAAAUAUGCUUGUUUCGUGGCUGGUGGUGGUAUCCUUAUUCUUUGUUGAUGGACUUUCUUCUUCCUGCGGUAAGUACCAUGCAUAUUAUGUAUGUAGACAUUCCACCAGCCCCUCACAAAAUCUAUGUUUAGCCCCGUGAGCAGCAGUGCAAAUUAAAUAAAUGUUUUAUUGUGUAUAACUGAACGAUUAUGUUUUCGUGUUCACCAUUCAAAAGAGUCAGGUAGGGAUUUGACUAGAUGUCACAACUAGUGAUGUCCCGAACGGUUCGCCGAACGGUUCGCCACGGACGGCGAACAUAUGCGCUGUUCGGUCCGCCCCCUAUUCGUCAUCAUUGAGUAAACUUUGACCCUGUACCUCACAGUCAGCAGACACAUUCCAGCCAAUCAGCAGCAGACCCUCCCUCCCAGAUCCUCCCACCUCCUGGACAGCUCACUAAGAAUGUAGCUUUACAAUGAAUGUAAAAUGGAUGCUGUCCAGGAGGUGGAAGGGUCUGCUGCUGAUUGGCUGGAAUGUGUCUGCUGACUGUGAAGUACAGGGUCAGAGUUUACUAAAUGAUGACAUAGGGGGCGGACCGAACAGCGCAUAUGUUCGCAGUGCGUGGCGAACCGUUCGGCGAACCGUUCGGGACAUCACUAGUCACAACAACUGUGACAGAACACAAACAUUGAAAUACUGCACUCCAGAAGGACCUGAUCAGCCUACACCAUCACCAGACAUGCAAAUAGCUUCCCUGCUCCUAUGCCCAUAAUUCUCCCUUACCAUCGUAACACACCACUUCUUCAAUGUAUCCAAAAAAACAGACCUUACAAAGUUAUAGGGUUACACACUUAUAGGGUUUGUCAAAGAAUCUGUACUCGUCGAAGUAGUGCCAGGUCCACUUGUUAGAUGUUAUAAAGUUUACUCGCUGAAGUUAGUUUGUGCUUUUUUUUUUUUUUUUACAUUCUUUAUUUUUAUCCAGUGCAAAGUGAGUAUUAACAAGUUUAGUAGAGACAUUACAAUUAGAAACUAUGCAUGAGGAAAUGGUACAUGAUGUCACAUGCAAUGUCAGAUUUACUGCACUGAUUUUUGUACAAUAGAAUAACAUAAUAGAAAAUAAUAACUGGCUGCAUAAACAUGCUAAGCCCACAUGUCUGAACAUUUAAUAGAAGCUAAACUUGUAAUCUAGUCAGACUUGCUGGGCAUGAGGAGUUUAAUUCAAGAAUAAUAAUAAUGCUUGCUCCGCUUAAGCUAUAAAAAUCAAUAUGCCGCUGAAACUAACCACCACUGAGAGAUAGGCAAAUUAAAUCAGCUGUUAUAAUGCAAUAUAGCUUUAAAACAUAUAGCUAGGUAUAAAUGUAAGGCCUGGGCAGUAGGCUGUCAUGUUAUGAGGAGUAGAGUGUCACCCGACUCCUAUAGUCGGCAAGCAGGGAAGUAAGCUGGCCUUCCACCGGCAGAUGCAGCCAUCCGGAUCUAAGGUAAGGUAAUCUUGACAGGUUUUAUUGGGGGUGAACCACUUCCAUCCACAGACUUGAGGGUGCAGAGAGGUCAAGUCCUUCCCCAAGUGGGGGCAGCAAAAAUUCCCACUGGCUUUCUGCUGCUGGUUUGGACUGCAUCGCAGGAUCAAUGUCCCUGGCCUAGGUAAGCCUGUGCUAUGUGGAACAGGCGUUGGAGUAGGAUCCUCACCCAGCGUUGGCUCUCUCAUGUGCCGCUGUACUUGCUCCUGGUCAGACAUGCGACUGAGAUGUAGUGUUGCCACUGCUCUCUCCUCUAUUUUUGCCCAAAAGCGAUUAAAAAAUGUCUUCUAGUCGCAGCAAGGAGCGCUCUAUAUGGUGCUUUAAAUCUAAGCUAAGGUACUUGGUCAGGUCCAUCCAGCAGGGACUGGCAUUACCCCCACCUGUCCAUGGAGGGGGGAGGGUAGGAGGUCAGGAGUGUCAUUCAGCUAUUGUGUGAGUGAGGGAAUAGGGAGCCUUUCCUCAGCUCUUAUGCAUGUAGGCCACAACUGUCGUUGCCGUUCCCGGUGGCCAAUGACUUCAGGAGAGGUCUCAAACAGAGUGUGAUGGUGCUCCCUGGGUAGACAGCCUCUUGGCCCGUUUCAACACUGUAGGCCGGGUUAUCCCCAGAAAAAUAGCGCAGAUCACGGGAGCUUGAACUCUUGUCAGCUAGAGAGUCAGGCUCUGCCUGGGAGUUCUUUUUUAACCUGGUCAAUAAGGGUUGCUUGUGACUGAGUUACCAACUCAAGACCCAAAUUCCAUUCAGUUCACAUGAAUGAAUGAGAGCUGAUCUUGCAAUGGAAGUCACCUGCAUGGUAUCCCAACUGUAAUGUCAAUGUACAAUGCCUUGUGUUUUUCAUUGACUAAAAUGUUCUUUUAGAUUAUGCCUCCACUCGUGAGAAGAAGCUAAAUAUUCUGAACUUGUUGGCCUGUUGGGAUGACGAUAGUAACAACUUCAAUACAGGAUGCUGCUCUUCUGGAAAGGACAAUAAUUACAAAUAUAGGAGCUGCAAAGAAAUCAAGCAGUCUCAUAAAAAUGCUGAAGGUAGGCAAUUCGUGACAGCCCCAAAGCAAAUGUUGAUCCAAAGUGUCUGUAUAUAUGGACACACUUAGGGGGAAAAAAAAGAAUGGUUAUCAAAACUUUGAGAAAGUUAUGGCCAUGGUCCAAUAUAGCACAUAACUUGCACAAUCUCCAAAAAUAAUAUCACAAUAUACUAUAUUAAAAUUCAAAUUGUGUUCACGUAUAAGCAGGCAAGUAUUAAACCAGGAUGCAAAUAACACAGUAAUUCAAUUUAACAAACAAGAUUUAGGAGAUCACACAAUACUUAGAUGAUCAAUUCAUAUUAACAGAAUCUAUUGAAAAUAUAUUGUAUCCAACUUCCUAAAUUCUACAAAAUUAUUCAUGCUAAUUCAACCCUGAUCAUCAAUCCCCAUCCCAAAAUAGCUGUAAAGAAGCAUUGCACAGGGCAAUCUUGCAUGUUGAAACAAGUUAAUUGAAAAUCUUAUUUGUAACAGAUGGAAUUUAUACUUUGACAACUAGUCAGGGGUUAUCCUAUCAGACAUUCUGUGACAUGACAACGGACGGGGGAGGCUGGACUCUGGUGGCCAGUAUUCAUGAGAACAACAUGUAUGGCAAAUGUACUAGUGGAGAUCGCUGGUCCAGCCAGCAGGGAAACAAUAUAAAUAACCCUGAAGGAGAUGGUAACUGGGCCAACUAUGCUACAUUUGGGUUACCAGAUGGAGCAACCAGCGAUGACUACAAGGUACCGAACAAAAAAAUUGUCAAGGAAUAUUUCAUAUAAUUAUCUUUCAGAAGUGAAGAUUUAUGGUAAUUUUAUGAACCUUGGAAAUCAAGGACCUGAAAUUCUAUGAUUAGGUUCUAAGCAUAUUUGGGCAGCAGUGAUAGGUUGAGUUUCCUAGUUGCCCAACGUUGUACAGGUGAAGUGGAAACAAUAGUCAAGCAACAGCAGAAGAGCCGGACUUAAUGUCCUAGAAGAACCCUACAUUUUGCCAAACCACUUGAGAAUGGUAUGACACUGACCACGUAGAUUAUACGCAAAAUCUCUUUUUGCUGUUACUAGUAGAAUAACCCACAAAGAUUUGUCACCUGUAGAUUGGCCUAGGUCACCGCAUCAUAUGGAUCAAAAUAGGUGGAGAUGCUUUCUACAUUUAAUGUGACUGAAGAAUCUUUCAAAUAUCCUGUUCAGUUGUGAGAGCAAUGGGGGUUAAAUAUGCCUCUUAGCAAGUAUUUAAUACAGGGCCCAUCUAGUUGAAAUGAAUGGUAAGUGUCAUUAAGAGUUAUCAUUUUAAACACUAAUAAGUAUGACACGCCACUAGUGCCAAUGCUCCUAUGUCAGUCACAGAAGGGCAGGACGUUAUGUACCUUUAUUUUCUUUUAUUCUGUCUCUCCACUUCCUUAUUUCUACUUAUAGUUCUGACAGUUCAUUGUUAGAUUCUUUACAAUUGAAUACUGGUACCCUGUUGUAUUAUGUCACGUAACAAGUACUAUUAACUUGCUAUUAACCAUCUAAUAAAAAUCUAAAUUACAAAGCCAGUCUGGAGCUGCCCUUCAAAUAAGUAGAUGUUGAAUGCACUCUGCUUCUCUAAAUAAAUAACAUGUUGGCAAUGGUUCUCUGAAUUAUAAUUUAUGUUCUUUUCCCCACAUGUAUAGAAUCCAGGCUAUUACGAUAUUUCAGCUGGUGAUGUGCAGUUGUGGCAUGUACCAAACAACACACCAAUGUCCCAGUGGAGAAAAAACUCUCUUCUAAGAUACCGUACAGAGUCUGGCUUUCUCUCUUCAGAAGGAGGAAAUCUCUUUAAUCUGUAUAAGGUAAUAGCAAACUUAUAAAAUAUCAGAGUCGUCUAAUUAAAGCUUAAGAAAAAAUAUAAACACUUUCUUAUUUUGGUUUCUUAAAAGGAAAAUAAUAAGGAAAAGACUCCCAUGUUUUAAUGCAUUAAGGCCUUGAGUGAAUAUUUUUAGAUAGUUUUUCCAAAUCAUUUAAUAUUUAGAAUUUUGAUUAUUAUUUUUUUUUUAAUAUUUAGAUUUAUUUUAUAUAUAUAUAUAUAUAUAUAUAUAUUUGUGGUCGGGGCAAUAUUGCCGUAAUGGUUAAGUAACACAUAAUUAGCAAUACACAUCUUAGUCAAUAGCACCAGUCGGUUGUGGUGUGCCGGAACCGACAAUGCAGUAGGCAUGUAAUAAAGAGGGCAAAAAUAAGUGUACCAUACAAAUAUAUAUAUAUAUUCUACAAUACCUCAAUAUUACUUGGAUACGACACGAUAUGCCUGAUGAAUCCCUAACCGGUUCAGGUAUAGAUAAUGUAAGCCAUGAUGUCCGGCUGUGGGAUGCUGGACUAUCUGUGUAUACUCGGCGAGAUAGAGCCCAAACCUGCAGAGGUGUAGGGUAGAGAUGGUACCCCAGUGAUUUGGGAACUCGAGAAAUACGAUUUAUACAAAGCCACCAUUAGUAUGAUCCAUAUAACACACCGGCAGGCUAGCUAUUGCCAAGUGGCAAAGAAUUAUAUAAUGUGUGCAUUAUAUUGACACGGCAUUUAAGAAUAUAUAAGAAACAAUAACAAGAUAUAUUUGAUCUUCAGUCCACAACCAGGUAAUUAAGUAAUGGGCAGAGGAUGUAUAUAGCAGUAAAGAAGGACAGGAAGCCUCCAGCGAGCAGUAGGGACAAGAAACCUCUAGUAGCCACAGCCAUAACACCUAGGUGCCGGACUCUUUAAAUUCUCCCAACUGGGAUUCUUCCAACUGUCCCAGAUCUGGCAGAUAUUUUUGAGCACUUGUCAGCUGAUACUGUGUUACUUGUUAAUUGUUUUGGAUUUUUUUUUUGCUUCUGCUAUGUUUGGGCUAUUCCAGGGCAUUUCUGCCCAUAUGAGUGUGAUUCAUAUAUAUAUAGGCAUCCAUGGCAUAUGCAAACCAAGAUGAUAUGCCAUUCAAAUGAGAGUGAGCACAAGAAUUGCAUUAUUGCCAUAUCCCAUUCCAACGUAAUUGUUUUAAAAAUUAUUUCAUAUUUUGGAUAAACUUUAAAAAAAAAUCCAAUAUCCGAACAAUCUAUCCUAUAUAAAAUGAAGUGGUCUGGUUGAACAAACCUGUCUUUUUAACCCUACAACUAAAAGCAAUGCCCUUUCGCGUGUAUAGCAAUCUUUUCAUUGUAGGCUUAGUAACCCUCUUGUGGGGGUCAGGAAGACAGCAACGAGAAGUGCUACCACAGCUAUUACUGAGUUAAUAAUACCUAGAGAGAAUUUGUUAUGCACUGCGUGGCGGGUUUUUUUGCGCACAUGCACAAAACUCCAUUGUAUUGGCUGAGAUCAUCAAGACACAUGAGCUCAGUCAUAGACACAGAAUGGCAGCACGGACACCAGCACAACACUAGAUGUAAGGUAAUAGCUAAUGUAUGCAUUUAUUUUGUUGAACAAAUCAGAGGCACAAUUCUGGGUUUUGGUUGGGAAAUUAAACGUAGGCUGUAAGACAGAAUAUUUUAACCAUAACUAUGUAACUAUAAGUCAUAGCUAUAAUUCUGUAUUACUAUUACUCUAUAUAACUAUAACUCCAUAUUACAAUAACUUGGUAAAACUGUAACUCUGUAUGUAUAGCUAGAACUCUGAAUAAAAAUAUAACGGGUAACCCUAACUCCAUAUAACUGUAACUCAUAAUCUGUCUCCUGAUUAGAAAUACCCUGUAAAAUAUAACGCCGGAAGCUGCCCAACAGACAAUGGACCGGCAAUACCAGUUGUCUAUGAUUUUGGAAACGCUGCAAAGACAGCCAAUUAUUUCUCACCAAAUGGAAGAAGUAAGAAAUGCAUUUUUAGUGUCUGCAUUGAUUUUUGGUUUAUGAUUGUUUGAUCAUCAGAAAAGCAAACUCAGUAACAAUGUUGUUUUAAUUAUUUUAGGUUUAUAAGUUGUAAACACCAAACAUUGAUUCUAUUUCUUUGAUAGAAAGUAAAUAUUCAUAAAACAAAUUAGUUACUCACCUUUAGCAGAGAAGGACUGCUAAAGUUUUUUCUAGUUAAAAUUUAAUUAAUUAUACAUGCAAUGAAUACAGUGAUAAGAUGAUAGCUCUCUACAUACACUGAUCAGCCACAACAUUAAAACUACCUGCCUAAUGUCAUGUAGGUCUCCCUCGUGAUGCCAAAACAGCUCUGAUGUGUUUAGGUAUCGACUCCACAAGAACUCUGAACAUGUCCUGUGGUAUCUGGCACAAAGACAUUAGCAGCAGACUCUUUAAGUUCCACAAGUUGUGAGGCGGGACCUCCAUUGAUCAAAUUUGUUGCUCCAGCACAUCCCACAGAUCUUUAAUUAGAUUGAAAUCUGGGGAGUUUGGAGGCCAAGGAAACUUCUUGAACUCUAUUUCAUGUUUCGGAACCCAUUCCUGAGCAAUUUAUGCAGUUUGGUAGGGUGCAUUAUUCUGACAGAGGCCACUGCCAUCAGGAAACACUACUACCAUCAAGGGGUGUGCAUGGUUUGCAACAAUCUCAAGGUAUGUGGUACCCAAGGUUUCCCAGCAGAACAUUGCUCAGAGCAUAACACUGCCUCUGCUGGCCUGCCUUCUUCCCAUAGUGCAUCCUGCUGCCAUUUCUUCCCUAGGUAAAUUACGUACACCUGAUCCACCUUAUGUCCACCUGAUCUAAAAGGUUAUGUGAUUUAUCAGACCAGGUAACCUUCUGCCAUUGUUCCAUGGUCCAGUUUUGAUUUUCAUAUCCCCAUUGAAGACAUUUUCUGUGGUGGACAGGGGUCAUCAUGGUCAUUCUGAUCAGUCUGCGUCUACGCAGCUCCAUAAGCAGCAAACUGUGAUGCACAGUGUGUUCUGACACCUUUCUAUCAUGGCCAGCAUUACAUUUUUCAGCAAUUUGAACUACAGUAGCUCUUCUGUGUGAUUGGACCAGACAGGCUAGCAUUCACACCAGACGUGCAUCGAUGAGCAUUGGGUUGACCUUUCUUGCGCUACUUUUGGUACGUACUAACCUAAUAUAUCCCACUGCUUAACAGGUGCCAUUGUAGCAAUAUAGUCAAUGUUAUUCACUUCACCUGUAAGUGGUUUUGGCUGAUCAGUGUAUACCCUUAAUUGCAUUACCACUUAUUUUUGGUCCUUAUAGAUAUGUUAACGUAUAUUAGAGGGACACUGUAGGCACCCAGACCACUUCAACAAAUUGAAGCGAUCUGUGUGCAAACUCCCAUCACCCUUAACCCUGCAGUGGUAAUUAUUGGAGUUUUUAUAAACUGCAAUAAUUACCUCUGAGAGUUAACUCCUCCUCUAGUGGCUGUCUACCAGACAGCCACUAGAGGGACUUCCGGAAUUGAAACAACUUUUGGUCUGCAUGAGAUCAGAUUUUCCCCAUAAGAAAGCAUUAUUCAAUACACAUUAGGUCUUCCCCACCGCCGGAUGUCGGCGGGGAAAGAGCAUGGGCGGAGCUGAGCCAGCGUCAAGAGACAUCAGCUCUGGACCCAGGUAAGUGACUGAAGUUGUUAUUAAACCCUUCACCGCCGCGGGAGGGGGCCUUGACAAAGGGGAAAUCUAUGGUGCCAGGAAAACGAGUUUGUUUUCCUGGCACUAUAGAAUCCUUUAAGAGAUUUAAAUAUAUUGUGUUUGCAUGCUUCUGUAUGUAAUUUAUAUAAGGUGCAGCAUGUGGAAUAUAUGUGAAUGUGGGUUUGAGGAUUAAUAUGUGUUCUGUCUAGUCCUUUUUCCAUGAUGCACAUAAAAUAGUUGCUUACAAUAAGCCCUAUGAACUUAUGAUCUUGUUCUUUCAGAAUCAGGAAUUUGGGAUAUUUUCCAUAUAUAUAUAUAUAUAUAUAUAUAUUUUGGACUUUUCAUAUGAAGUUUUAGAAUUUUAUUUUUAGAAUGUUUACUCAAUUUCCAAUCCAUUUAGAUUUUUGACACUGAUUAUUUUGUUUUGGUAAAGUUGCUACAUAUAUUAUAAUUAACAUUUAUAUAUUGUCAACGCAUUCUGCAGUGGUUAUAAAGGGAGAUUUAACAACAAAUAAGACAAACUAUUACAGCUUUUGCCAGGAAUGCUAGGUUGAUGAGGACCCUGAUUGAACGAGCUUACAAUCUAGAGGAAGUGGGGUAUAAAAUUAGUAGUAGAGUGUAGUAGUGGCUGUGUUGAGGAUAACAACCAGUGACAGAGUAGGACAACGGUGGAAUUGGAAGGUGAGAGAAGAUAUAGAUUUGAGGAAUGACCGUUACUCUGCAAUUCCAAAGGCUAUUUUGAAAAGUUAGUUUUUUAGGGACUUCUGAAAGGAUUGAUAAUUAAUUAGGUAUCUGGACCAGUAAUGCUCAUUAAAAUGAAUAUUCUUGUUGGAAUCCUGACUAGCGUACUAGUGAAAGUUUUUUAUUCAUUUGACAUAAACAAUUCCACUAUAUAUUGAAUAUGUGUCUAGCAAGAUGCUAUUUUAUAUAAAGGUCUGUAGCCACAUUAUUGGUAUAAUUAUUAUCAUUAUUUUCCACAGAUGAGUUUAUCGCGGGCUUUGUUCAAUUCCGAGUGUUUAAUUAUGAAAAAGCAGCAUUAGCACUGUGUCCUGGGAUAAAGGUUACUCAGUGCAACACGGAGCAGGUAUUAACAACAUAAACUUACUAUACCUUAGUUCUCGGGUUUCUGCGUUGUGUGUGAUUGCUAUGUUUCCAACAGAUCUUUGGACAGACGCUGUCAUUUUAUUUUGUGGUUGGGUGGAUAGAAAAUAACAUAACAUAGAAAAUAUCAUAAUAACUGUGAGAUACUCAUACCCACUGCCCAUUUCUAUGCAUUACUAUCAGUUACUUUUUACAGAAUGCCUUUUAAUACUUUUGGAGCCCUGUGAUACACAUUGCUCUUUAUUCUUUUCCUGGUCCAUACCUCUUUUUAAAGGCUUAUUCCCAUUAAUUUAUUACAAUGAUAAGGGAUAAUCUGUGACUCCAUAUAGAGGUGGUUGAUCAGGGAGAAGCUCUGAUUCUAAAGCCGGAUCCCACUGUUGCUUUAUUACCUUAAAAACAUGUGGUCCCAGGUCUGUGACCUGGUGAACCUGUGUCAUAGGACAGUCUACAUAAACAUUUAAAACACACUCAUCAGUCCUGAUUAAGUAUCUGACUGUUUGUGAAGGGCAUUAUCCCUGUGGUUCUCUCACUUGCCCCACUGUUUGUUAAAGGCAUAAUAAAAAGUCGUGGUACACAUGAGACAAAACCAAAAUGUAAACACAAUAUAAAUUUAAAAGUAUGGAGAUAGGAUACCAGAGGAUACCAGAGGGAAACAACUUUAGACACAAUCCUAAGUGAAUUGUGUCCGAGUGUUCCAAAUGCUCCUAAGCACCAGAGAGAGACUCCAGGGGUCUCUCAGGGCAUAACCCCAGAUACUCAAGAAAGACAAAGCAAAACAGAGCAUGUAGGUUCACCACAAGGGAACCUACUACAAUGCUUCGUGGACUGUUAGGUCCAUUUGGUGCUAUGUAUACUGACUGACUACAUAGCCUCUCUUUCCUCACAGCAAUCAAUUGUUCUCACAUGGGCUGACUUGUGUUUAUAUAGAGAGCCAUAUUUAAUAAAGCUCCUUAUUAUUGUGAUACCAGCCUUGUGAGACUUUGUACAAUACUUAUUUCGAGAUAGGAGGCUUACCGUACAAGGUGGUUAUUGUAUUGUAUUUUUUGUUAUUUUUUUAUUUUAAUACUGCACUGCAGAAUCUCAGAGGACGUUUACUUUGCUACAGGUUAAUUACGUUAUAUUUAUAUUUAGCAAUACUACUAUCUAAGUCUCCAGGAAGCAUUGUAGGACAUACAUUUAGUUUCUAAUACUUCGCACUGAUUGUGUGAUUUACCAGAGACCACCAGAUUGAAUUGUGAACAAGGAGAAAAUGUCUGCCCAGAUGAUUCAUUUGUAUGUCUUUCAGCACUGUUUUGGGGGUGGAGGCUAUAUCCCUCAAGGAGAUCCGAAGCAAUGUGGAGACUUUGCCGCCAUUGACUGGGAUGGUUAUGGGACACAUACAGGAUGGAGUUCCAGUAAAGAGAUUACAGAAUCGGCUGUUCUAAUCUUUUACCAAUGAUAUGUCCAAUGCAUUGUUUUAUUAGUGGUGAGGUACAUUAUAAAUAGGGGAUUAGGGGAACAGAGUGACACAACAAGGCAAUGCAGACAGAAUGAUACAGGGCUAGGGGGACAAAGGGUAACCCUUUGUCACUCUGUCCCCUUUACCCUUUGUCUCUCUGUCCCUCCUAUCCAUGUGUCACUCUGUCCUCUUAACCCCCAUAGCAGCAUUUAGUGGAACAGAGUGACAGGGUUGGGGGUCGAGGGAGCUGCCUGUGCUGCCUCAUGGUUGCACUAGCCCCCUGCAAUGACUAACAGUAAUCAUUUGGUAAAUUAAUCUAUAUGCACCCCAUUGUAUUGUUAGUGAC